GCACCUCGAGGUUGCUCACUUACUGUGGUGUUAUCAGCCUGACUCUUCACCGUCCUCAACUUGCCAUAUUUUGUUGUACUAUCUCGUAAUGGCUGACCUACCUCCUACCCAAGACAUUGAAGAGCUUUUACCGUUAACUACCGAUGUGGUGAUGCAGCAGCGUAUUUGGGGCAGACUAUUGCCUUUGAAGCACAAGCUACCGUCUAUUGGUAACUCUUGUGACCUUGAUCAGUUCUCGUCUCAGAGCUCAUCGAGGAUUCCUACUUAUUCGGCCGUGGUGAUGAUUGCUCAUUCGUAUUCUCCGCAUUUAUGUUCAAUGAUGCGAGUCAAUUCUGUACGCUUAGCAAGCAUCAUUUCAAGAUAUUCAUGGAGCCCGGUGGCCACUGUUCGACCGUCUUUAUCCAAGACUUGAGCAGCAACGGAACAUUUGUGAAUGGAUCCAAGCUAGGUCGUGGUAUAAUACAACCAUUGAACAACAACGACGAGAUCUCUCUCUCCUUGAAGGAUUUCAAAUGCUUUAUUUUCUGGGACCCAAAUUCCGUUCGAGACAGUCAUCCUAGGGAGGUCACCGACCAUUAUACAGUGUCAAAGUUAAUUGGUCGCGGGGCUUGUGGCGAAGUCAGACUCGCUUUCGAGAAAAAUUCAUGUAUAAAGCGAGCAAUGAAGAUUGUGCAUAAGAAGACGUUCGCUCAUAGCAAGUCGGGAAACGCUUUUGUUCAUCGAGUGCAAUCCGAAGUUGAUAUUCUUUUGAAACUCAGUCACCCCUGUAUCAUACGCAUCCACGAUGUGAUUGACACAGCUGAUACGCUUUACAUGAUUCUGGAACUUGUCGAGGGCGGUGAGCUGUUUGAUCGUAUCAUCACAUUGGGUAAACUAUCCGAACCGGAUGUUAAAUUUUUGUUUGUCCAGAUAGCAAUAGCUGUGAAGUAUCUUCAUGAACAUGGAAUCACUCAUCGCGAUUUGAAGCCGGAAAAUAUUCUUCUAUCAAGCAGUGAAAACCGAUGCCUCAUCAAAGUGACGGAUUUCGGUUUGUCAAAACUUGUCGAUGGAAACACAAUGCUGCGUACUUUCUGUGGAACUCCGACCUACUUGGCGCCCGAAGUCCUGCUAACUGCAGGCUCAGGGACGUAUACUUCUGCGAUCGAUGUUUGGUCUCUAGGAGUAAUUCUCUACGUGUGUCUCGUUGGUUACCCUCCGUUCAGUGACGAACGACAAGAUUGUUGUUUGCAUACUCAAAUCACUGAAGGUCGAUAUGACUUUCCCGCCGCCUACUGGAAUGGGAUCAGCGAUGAUGCUCGAGACUUGAUAAGCAAAAUGCUGACAGUUGAGCCGUCCGAUCGACUGACCAUUCAGGCGGUGCUCGAACACCGUUGGGUUCGAGAUCCGGAGAUUUGGAAGGAAGUGGACGCAUUGAUUUCCAAUACCGAAUCCUCUACGUCAGAAAGUAUAGUGCCCUGCAUAGCGUCGGGGCCCCACUUCUUGAAUGGGUAUGAGUCAUCCGAACAGUUUCCCCAGUCCAACAGUGCCCCUGCGAAUACCGACUUCGUUCAUCAGGAUCAAGCUAAACUUCUUCGUGAUAAGCCCCUUAUAAGAAAACGCCUAACUGAUCUUGAAUCCCCGGUCCCGAAGAAAAUUUUGGCGUGAACUAGACCAAGAUUUCCCUAUUUUUAUUCAGAUUUUAUCGCCUUUCAAACCUCCAACAGAUACGUGUAUUUCCGCUCCCUCUUUUGGUCGGUCAACUAUUUUGUUAUUUUAUCUGGGUACCGAAGAACAGACAAUUGUAUUUGCCUUUUGAUCAUCUUGUCACAUGUUUUGUAUCUUCAUUAGGUGAACUGGACACUGGUGUUUCGGUCUUCUUAAUCGCUCAACUAUCUUCUUUUUGCGGUAGCAAACGCAUGCUCUUAUAUGCAAGCGAUAGCGCUGUUGAAGUUCGUCUUAGGCGCCCAUUAUUGUUUCCGAUUCUUUCGUCGCCAGUAAUUGAUCGAGUGCAUUAGGCAGCUGCGUACUGCCAGAUGACUUCUGUAGCCAACACUUCACAUACCUCGUCAGCUCAUCUAAUCGCA